AAAUGAUAAGUCCUUAUCUUUCUCUGAAAUCAUUUGGCAAUCGUGCCAGAAAAUCAUAUUUGAGUUGAAAUGUUAAUUCGAUCUCAGGAUGUUUCAUAAUAGGCACCAACUGGUGCAUUUAUUCGAUUCCAGCAUAGUGAAAGGCUCCAACUUCAGUCCAGCCCCAGCCACAUUAAAAAUAAUUGACAGCGGUGAAUUUAGCUGCUGCUGUCAGCGCGUCCUCUUGGAUCCGCCGUGAGGCUGCAGGCAGGCACCCGGAUGUGGCGAAAAUGUUCGGCGCCCCUCUCUGGGUUUGCGCUCGGAAAAGAUUUUAUAAUUCAGGUUAAGGGCUUAGUUCAGGCACCCAGUUACUUUGGAUGUUUUUUCCAACGAUGAGUUGGGUUUGAAACAGCUCUUUUCGAUGUGGAUUCGAGGAUGCAAAAGGCAGAUGAACAGUCUGAAGGGGCACAGUAUAUCAGAAGGACCACUCCCUCCACUGAUGCCUCAACCCUCUGGUCAGAAAGCCCCACCUGUCGGCACCAGCACCAUCCACCAGAGCCCCUGCAGGCCCCGGCCAGCAUUGGAAAACCUGUUGGUUCUUCUCAAGGCCUCCUCAGAGCCAACAGCAGCUUUCAGGGCUCCGGUGGCACAGGUUCCGUUGUCAGCCCGGUCCUUGCUUGGCAUGCCGCAAUUAAUGCUGCUCGCCAAGCACAGGGUGAUGCUGCAAAGGCCGAUGCGAAUUCACAGCCCUCAGUUUCCACCACUGGACAAGCUCCUGUAGGCUCACUGGCACAGAGGAAGAGGCAGCAGUAUGCCAAAAGCAAAAAGCAGGGAGGAUCUACCAACAACAGGCCACCCAGAGCUCUGUUCUGCCUCACCCUCAAUAACCCGAUCCGCAGGGCCUGCAUCAGCCUGGUGGAGUGGAAACCGUUUGAUAUCUUUAUACUGCUGUCUAUUUUUGCCAACUGUGUGGCCUUAGCCAUCUACAUCCCCUUCCCCAGAGACGACUCCAAUUCUACCAACCAAGAACUGGAAACAGUGGAAUAUGCCUUCCUGAUCAUUUUCACUGUAGAGACAUUUCUGAAGAUCAUUGCCUAUGGCCUGGUCAUGCACCAAAACUCAUACGUCAGAAACGGCUGGAAUAUGCUGGACUUUGUCAUCGUUAUAGUGGGGUUGUUCAGUGUGGUUCUGGAGAUGAUAACCAAAGAUGCUGACUCUGGUGGCCAGUCUGGAGGCAAACCAGGGGGGUUUGACGUCAAGGCCCUCCGAGCCUUCCGCGUGCUACGACCCCUUCGCCUUGUUUCUGGAGUUCCGAGUUUGCAGGUGGUCUUAAACUCCAUUAUUAAAGCCAUGGUUCCCCUGCUUCACAUUGCUCUGCUAGUUCUCUUCGUCAUUAUCAUCUACGCCAUCAUUGGCCUGGAGCUCUUCAUUGGCAAAAUGCAUGCUACAUGCUAUGUGAUAAAAACAGGUGCCCUUGCGGAAGAAGAACCCACGCCGUGUGCAGUGUCAGGGCAUGGUCGUCAUUGCCUGCUCAAUGGUACAGUUUGCAGAGAGGGCUGGCAAGGUCCCAACAAUGGCAUCACCAACUUUGACAACUUUUUGUUUGCCAUGCUCACUGUGUUCCAGUGCAUCACCAUGGAGGGUUGGACUGAUGUUCUCUACUGGAUGAAUGAUGCAAUGGGCUUUGAGCUGCCCUGGGUUUACUUUGUUAGCUUAGUCAUCUUUGGAUCCUUCUUUGUUCUCAACUUAGUUUUAGGUGUGCUGAGCGGAGAGUUUUCCAAAGAGAGAGAGAAGGCCAAGGCUCGGGGAGACUUCCAGAAGCUACGGGAGAAGCAGCAGUUAGAGGAAGACCUAAAGGGCUACCUGGACUGGAUCACCCAGGCUGAAGACAUCGAUCCUGAGAACGAGGAGGAGGGAGAUGAGGAGAGCAAACGUAACCGGGUCACGCUGGCUGACCUCACUGAGAAGAAGAAAGGAAAGUUUGGCUGGUUCACUCAGUCCACAGAGACACAGGCGAGCAUACCAACUAGUGAGACAGUGUCUGUGAACACAGACACUCAACCUGGAGAGGAUGACAGUUCACCCUGCUGUGGGCCGCUGGGUCAAAAAAUUACUAAGUCAAAGUGCAGUCGUCAGUGGCGGCGGUGGAACCGUUUUUGCCGCAGAAAGUGUCGUGCCGCUGUGAAAUCAGUGACAUUUUAUUGGCUGGUCAUCAUCUUGGUGUUCCUCAACACGCUCACCAUCGCCUCUGAGCACUACAACCAGCCAGACUGGCUGACUGAAGUGCAGGAUGUAGCCAACAAAGUUCUCCUGGCGAUGUUUACCUUGGAGAUGCUGGUGAAGAUGUACAGUUUGGGGCUGCAGGCCUACUUUGUGUCUCUGUUUAACCGCUUUGACUGUUUUGUGGUGUGUGGGGGCAUCGUAGAGACCAUCCUGGUGGAGCUGGCCAUCAUGUCUCCUUUGGGCAUCUCUGUUUUCCGCUGUGUACGCCUCCUUAGGAUCUUCAAGGUUACACGCCAUUGGGCAUCUCUUAGUAACCUGGUGGCCUCUCUGCUCAACUCCAUGAAGUCUAUCGCCUCCCUGUUGCUGCUGCUCUUCCUCUUCAUCAUUAUUUUCUCCCUGCUUGGCAUGCAGCUUUUUGGGGGCAAAUUCAACUUUGAUGAGACUAUGACCAAAAGGAGCACAUUUGAUAACUUCCCCCAGGCCCUACUCACUGUGUUCCAAAUCUUGACAGGAGAAGACUGGAACACAGUGAUGUACGACGGUAUCAUGGCGUACGGGGGUCCUGCCUCCUCCGGAAUGGUUGUCUGCAUUUACUUCAUCAUCCUCUUCAUCUGUGGAAACUACAUCUUGUUAAAUGUCUUCUUGGCCAUCGCUGUAGACAAUUUGGCAGAUGCAGAGAGCCUUAACACAGCACAGAAGGAAGAAGAGGAGGCCAAAAAGAGGAAGAACAGUGCAAAGGAUGCAAGCACAGACAGAGAGAAGAGAGCUGAAAUAACAAAAGCCAUGGAUGGUGAGAGCAAGGUGCCAGCAGAGGUCCUGCUAGAAGAAAGCAAAGAGUUGUAUCCUGCCAUUGACUCUCCAGUGUGUGAUGAUGAUUCUGAUAAUGACGACUUCCCAGAAGUCCCUCCUGGUAUUCGCCCCAAAAGGCUGGCUGAGCUUGCCAUUAAAGAAAAGACUCCACCCAUCCCAGAGGGCAGCGCCUUCUUUAUCUUCAGCAGCACUAACCCGUUUCGUGUAUUCUGCCAUAAGCUGAUCAACCAUCAGAUCUUUACCAACCUCAUCCUGGUCUUCAUCAUGCUCAGCUCUGUCUCUCUGGCUGCUGAGGACCCCAUACGCAACUUCUCCGCUCGCAAUAUUAUACUUGGUUAUUUUGACUAUGCUUUCACCGCAAUCUUUACUGUUGAGAUCCUGUUGAAGAUCCUAGGCUAUGCAGACUAUGUCUUCACUAGUAUGUUUACAUUUGAGAUCCUUAUUAAGAUGACAGCAUUUGGAGCGUUCCUUCAUAAAGGGGCUUUUUGUAGAAAUUACUUCAACCUAUUAGACCUGCUGGUCGUCGGUGUGUCUCUGGUGUCCUUUGGCAUUCAGUCCUCCGCUAUAUCAGUGGUAAAGAUUCUUCGUGUUUUAAGAGUCCUCCGUCCACUCAGGGCCAUCAACAGAGCCAAAGGACUCAAGCAUGUGGUACAGUGUGUGUUUGUGGCCAUCAGGACCAUCGGCAACAUCAUGAUCGUCACCACCCUGCUGCAGUUCAUGUUUGCUUGUAUUGGAGUGCAGCUGUUUAAGGGGAAGUUUUAUCGAUGUACAGAUGACGCAAAGUCUAGCCCACUGGAAUGCAAAGGUACAUACAUUCACUACAACAAUGGGGACACGGUGCUGCCCAUGGUGAAGGAGAGGAUCUGGUACAACAGCGACUUCAACUUUGACAAUGUCCUCAUGGCCAUGAUGGCGCUCUUUACCGUGUCCACCUUCGAAGGAUGGCCCACUCUGCUGUACAAGGCCAUUGACUCCAACAGAGAGAACAUGGGUCCCAUCUACAACUACCGUAUCGAGAUCUCCAUCUUCUUCAUCAUCUACAUCAUCAUCAUCGCCUUCUUUAUGAUGAACAUCUUUGUUGGUUUUGUUAUUGUCACUUUCCAGGAGCAGGGGGAGAAAGAAUACAAGAACUGUGAGCUGGACAAGAACCAGCGUCAGUGUGUGGAAUAUGCUCUUAAGGCUCGUCCUUUAAGGCGAUACAUCCCCAAAAACCCCUACCAGUACAAGUUCUGGUAUGUGGUCAACUCUACAGGAUUUGAGUACGUCAUGUUUGUCCUAAUCAUCCUCAAUACCCUGUGUCUGGCUAUUCAGCACCAUGGUCAGUCUCAUCUGUUUAACUAUGCCAUGGACAUCCUCAACAUGGUCUUCACCGGGGUUUUUACUGUAGAGAUGGUCCUCAAGCUCGUCGCCUUCAAACCCAGAGGCUAUGUCGGGGACGCCUGGAACGUCUUCGAUGCUCUGGUGGUGAUUGGCAGUGUAGUCGACAUCAUACUCAGCCAGAACUAUUUUGCUGAUGCAUGGAACACAUUUGAUGCCUUAAUUGUUGUGGGUAGCAUGGUUGACAUUGCCAUCACUGAGAUCAAUGCUUUUGGUUUCAAGUCGGCAGCCAUUCCUGUCGUCAAGGUGAUAGUGGACCCAGGGAACACAGAGGACAGCGCUCGCAUCUCCAUCACCUUCUUCCGCCUGUUCAGGGUGAUGCGAUUGGUCAAACUGCUGAGCAGGGGGGAGGGCAUCAGGACUCUCUUAUGGACCUUCAUCAAGUCCUUCCAGGCUCUUCCCUAUGUGGCGCUCCUGAUAGCCAUGCUGUUCUUCAUAUAUGCUGUUAUUGGAAUGCAGGUGUUUGGGAAAAUAGCCAUGGUGGAUGGAACACAAAUCAACCGCAACAAUAACUUUCAAACCUUUCCUCAAGCUAUCCUGAUGCUCUUCAGGUGUGCCACAGGUGAGGCCUGGCAGGAGAUCAUGCUGGCCUGUCUGCCAGGGAAGCUGUGUGAUUCAGAGUCUGACUACAAUCCUGGAGAUGAGAGAACCUGUGGCAGCAGUUUCACUAUUAUUUAUUUCAUCAGCUUCUACAUGCUCUGUGCUUUUCUGAUCAUCAACCUGUUUGUAGCUGUCAUCAUGGACAACUUUGACUAUCUGACCCGUGAUUGGUCCAUUCUGGGGCCGCAUCACCUGGAUGAGUUUAAAAGGAUCUGGUCUGAAUAUGACCCUGAAGCCAAGGGUAGGAUAAAGCAUCUUGAUGUGGUGACGCUGCUGCGGAGGAUCCAGCCUCCGCUGGGCUUCGGCAAACUCUGCCCUCACAGAGUAGCCUGCAAGCGUCUUGUGGCGAUGAACAUGCCCCUGAACAGUGACGGCACAGUCAUGUUCAAUGCCACUUUGUUUGCUCUGGUCCGCACUGCUCUCAAGAUUAAAACUGAGGGUAACCUGGAGCAAGCCAAUGAGGAGCUGAGAGCUGUGAUCAAGAAGAUUUGGAAGAGGACCAGCAUGAAACUGCUGGACCAAGUGGUGCCGUCUGCAAGUGAUGACGAGGUAACAGUGGGGAAGUUCUAUGCCACCUUCCUGAUACAGGACUACUUCAGGAAGUUCAAGAGGCGCAAAGAGCAAGGUCUUGUGGGAAGGCGCUCAUGGGAGAGGCUGAACAUCACUAUGGCUCUACAAGCUGGCCUGCGCACGCUGCAUGACAUUGGGCCAGAGAUCCGUCGAGCCAUAUCAUGUGACCUGCAGGAGGCGGGGCUAGUAGAUGCAAAUGGGGAUGAAGAAGAGGAAAUCUACCGGCGCAAUGGCAGUCUUUUUGGGAACCACGUCAGUGGGGAUCAGCAAGGCUCCUCCCACCCGACCACCGUCACCCAGCGGCCACUACAAGUCCUGGCCUUCUCCUGCAGUGGCCCGACUGACCCCAUACUAACUGGCAAGAGAGCCAGCAGCAAUGACAGGGAAGGAGAGACGGAGAUAAACUCUUCACCCAUCCAGUAUAAUCAUCAUUAUCACCCCCCUCAUUUAUUUAAUUACUCUAACUGCAAUUCCACUUGCCAUCAAUCGCCAGUACCCUCUAAUGCCAACCUCAACAAUGCCAAUGUGCCCUCACUUCUCAACAUUACCAAUGGGAGGCAGCAGAAGUGUUUGCUAAGGCGAAAUCCCCCAUCCUCCACCAAAAACAGACCGUCAGCAUCUACUUGCAGUGAAGGGGUGCAUGACAAGUCUCGGAGGUCACACUCCACAAGCAGGACAUGCUACUAUGAGGCCUACAUUAGGUCAGAAAGCGGUGGCGAACUUCACACCGCCAUUCGUCAAGAGGAGCCGGGGGCCAGGGACAGCGGCGAUGAGCGAGGCUCAGGAGUGUAUUACAGUGGAGAGGAGUUUCACGAAGAUGAUAUCAUGCUCACAACGGACAGGUUGUCCAACAAGGACUAUCGUGAUGGAGAGGAAGACUUGGACCUUGGGGUUUCCAAGGGUGCCUGCCAGCCUGAUCGUUACUACGAUGAUGACCACCAGCCGAUGUACCAAGACACCAGGUGGUCGCCCAGGAAAUGGUUUUUACCAUCAACUCAAGCCUCCAACAGGCCAACAUUCGGUUUUGAGCAUCUUUGGAGAAGGAGUAGCCAGGAUAACACUCCUUCCUCUCCAUUGUGCACAGCUGUUCCACUACACCUGGUGCAGCAACAGGUAAUGGCACUGGCCGGACUCGAUGCCAGCAGAAUUCGCCAUCUGUCUCCUAUGAGGUCACCGCGCUCCUGGGCCACGCCUCCUGCCUCACCCGUCAGCCAUGAUUGCUUGCCCUGCUAUGCACCACUCAUACAGGUGGAUUGGCGCAGUCCCAGCAGUGUAGGCAACAUCCCCAGAGCAGUGAAGAGGAGUUCAUGGUAUACAAGUGGUCACGACGGUCCCUCCAACAGCAGCCACUCUCCAUCACGUCCACAGUUACCUGCAGGGAGCCACUCACACUUCAUGCAGGAGAGAGGCAGUGCUAGCAGUUUGGUAGAGGCUGUGUUGAUCUCUGAGGGUCUGGGGAAAUAUGCCAGAGACCCUAAGUUUCUGUCAGUGACCAAACACGAGAUCGCAGAUGCCUGUGAGAUGACAAUUGACGAGAUGGAGAGCGCUGCUAGUAAUUUGCUGAAUGGGAGCAUGGGUAACGGCAACACUGGGAGCACAGAGAAUGUCAGCUCAGACCCACAUGCCACCGCGCAUCUGAGAGACUGCAGCAUCCAUGACUACAGCGACGAGGAGCCGUACGUGGCCGUGAAAUGCGAGGAGGACCUAACAGACGAGAUGAUAUGGAUCACGUCACUAUAGCAGCCGCUCAGACAGGAUAUUUAGCUUUUUUCAAUUGAAUUUCUGAUACUGUUCCACAUCUUUGCAUCCUGCAAUAGACAGAAAUGAUAAAAUAUGGAUGGAUAAGAGAAUAAAGUGCCUUGUUUUCUCUUUCUGUGGAGUGGAGAAUGGAAAUGCCAGGAAGAUGUGAGAAAAACAUUUAGGUUUAUUGAAAGGCUGAGAUAAAUUCACCAAAUAUUGAAACCAGAGGGAGAUCUGCGAGCCACCUGAUACCUAAUUCACAACACUCCUUAGAAGUUGUUUUCCAUUUGCUUUCCAUUGUUAUCUUUAUUAGCAGUGCUUUGAUACAGCAGCAUACGCAAGCAUAAACAUGGCAGCCUUGCAAAGCCAGCCCAAAGCUUGGGAAGUAAUUUUUCAAACAACUUCUGCUGAGGGUUACUACUACUGUCCAGCAGCUAAAGUCCAACAGUGGGUGUGGUAAAAUGUCUCACUUUCAGUUUGUUUGCAGUUUGGGGUGCAGUAUUGGCACAGUUCUGUCACACUGUCCCCAAUCUAUGUGAUAAACAAGGCCAAGAGGCCUACACUGUUUACUGAAUAUGAAGGGACCAUAAAAUGGAAAAUGUGUAACUGUUCUGAACACUAUAUGAAAUGGUUAUUGCAUUAGAUUUACUCACAUUUCCAGAACAUGAACCGUGUUCUCCGAUUUGAAUGUCAGACACAAACAUCGGUGACAGAGAGCUGACCUUUCAAACAUCAGGGAAAAUGUGUGAGGUGGCUUUACAAAGCUACAUAUGUCCUGUAUUCAGUUGACUUUCAUGCCUUUAAAAUGUGUGAUUUUUAACCCCUUUCUACAGUUAUGCUAACAUUGAUUUGCGCCCCACUCUUCAUAUUACACUUUGGCCUCCGUGAUUUGAAUUGCACAGAACAAAAUGAGAUAAACAUAAUAUUUUUGUUGGUUUAUUUCAGCUAAUCUCAGCGCAGAGUGCUGAUCCAAAGCUACUCCAGCCAGUGAGUCAGGGAGCUGCUCUAGGUUCACAGUUCAGGGUUAAACAUUACUCAUCUCUGUUUUUGACUUGAAUUAGGGAAUCACAUAUCACUGACAAAAAAAUAUAUUGUUCUGUUUCACCUGCAUGCUGACAUGACACAGAUAAGCUAAGUCUUUCCUUCUUUACACCAACCAACCAGGUCCUAACUCAGCAACUUACACAUUAACUUGACCAUGAAAAAGGAAGUUGAGGAUGUUAUUACAGCACAGGAGAGACCAUUUCAUUGUUACAAACUCAGACAGAAUAUGCAAUGAUUCACUUUACUCACACCUGUUUUAGACUAUUUGAAUGAGUAGUUAUGAAAAAAGUAGAGUUCAGAGUGUUGUGACAUUUUGAAGUUGUAAUCUACAGCCAUUCCUUAACAAAAGGUAAUAAAAUAAGACCAUUCAGAAAUUAAUGCCUCACAGCUGAAGUACAAAGUUAGCACGAGAGUAUCAUUUGUCAGUCCUGUCUGGCUCAAUGUUUCACUGCCUCGACAGCUGAAAAGCUUUGCUUCAUUCCCAUAAAUCGUGUGUCACGUGACUGAUUUUGAAUGAAUUUCUCUCAAGCUUGUACUAUGAUUAAGUAAAUGGAUCACGACACAAAGCUUUGGCAGAUAUUUGCUGUUUGUUACUGUUUACGUGUUGCAUUUUUACAAUGCCGCAACUGAAAGGGAGACUCACUUGAAUAUAUCGGGGUUUUUUUUAUAGCUUGUAUAUAGUGUGUUCUUGGAGUGGAGUGAUUAACGUUAGCUCUUGCCUUUUAUUUGUAGGGAUAUGCAAGAUGUCCCAAACAGCUGCUGUCUACACACACAGCUCACAGGUAAAAACAGUGAGGUGAAGCACCAUCUCUCAUGUGCUGUACUCCUCCAUUAACCCAUGUUCGUCUACCACUGCCAACUGUAACAAUGUCUUCAGGUUUUAUAAAGCAACACUGGAUCACACAGGGCAAUCUAAUUUAUUUUUUUUAUUUUCCUCAAUCCCUAAAUACUGUUGUCAGGGCAACAGGUUCCAUCUGUGCAAUCAAAGGGCUUUUUCAAAUACAAGACCAAAAUUGAUUUGAGUGCAUUUACAGACUUCAAUAUUUUAAUAUUAUUCCAGAUAUGGUUCAUGUUUACGUUGUUUCUGAGUUGUGCACUAGUUCUUAUGAACAGUGGUAACACAAGAUUUGAACAUGACUGAUUACACCCUUACAGUCUAAUGUGACCUACAGUGGGAUGUGAGCCGGUGUCUGAACUACUCUCGCAUGUGAAAUGUACUUAUUUCCUCUUCUCUCCAGAGGAUUCAUUGAUAAGCAGGUUUUGGUGGCCAAUAGAUAGAAAAGACUUAUGCAUUUUCUAACACACACAAGCAUGUAAACUGUCUUUGAGACAUUUAAGAAAUAUUAUUCUUAUUACCUCUAACUAUCCAGGUGUGUUGGUUGUGGAAAAGGCUGCAUUUGCAAAAAAUGUAUGUAAAACAGAUUAAAGGACUAAAUAAUGUGAAACAUUUUUAUAUAAAAAAUUUUAUUUUCAUGUAAAGAACUUUUUUUUUUUUUAAUCUGACCGGCCACCUCAGGCGCCCCAAAAUUCUGAGUGAGGAUUUGUUAGUGAUGAUCUGAAAGCAGACUCAGAAAGUCAUCUUGGUGUUUGUCUGGAAUAGGGACACACAGUUACCGUCCUCUUCAUUUUGUCUAAAUACAAUCUUCAGAGGUUCUGUUUUACUGUUUUGGGUCCUAAUGACUAUAUACAUAUAUAUAUAUAUAUAUAUAUUAGAGUAAUUAAGAGCACUUCAAAAGCCACAUUAGUUACAUGCUGUAAGCAGAAAUCUGUAUAUUUCUCCCUCUGAAGCACACUUCUGAGCUGAUACAACACCACAAAGAACACAGGACUAUAGCGUCAUGUACAGUUGGUUGUGGGGGAUUAAACCUGUGAUCCUGGGAUGGUUUCUCUGAACGUCAGCCUCUCGUGAUGAAAGAGGCGGCCACAUUUUCUACAGCAGAUGAUGUAACUCCUGUUUACACAGAAAAAACAGGGAGGACCAUAAUGGGAGAAACACUAAUUGUUGGAUCACCACUUUUUUCAGUAAAACUCAAAUAGUAAUUCAGUGCCACUGACUGGUUUUACAAAGCUUAAUAAAGUCUAAUUUGAAUGGCCAAGCAAGCAAGCAAGCAAGCAAAGCUUAUUUAUAUAGCACCUUUCUAAACCUGCGUUACAAGGUGCUUUCCAGUAAAACAUAAAUAAUAAUAAUAAUAAAGAUACCUAAGACCAGAUACAACACAUCUAUACAGCAAAAUAACAAGAAAAAUACAGUACAUAGUCAAAACAAAUACAUCAGUCAAUAAAAUUGUCGAAGGCCCGUGAAUACAAAUGCGUUUUAAGAAGUGAUUUAAAAACAGACAGGUUCGGAGCAGAUCUAAGCCAAGGCUGCUUGGGUUUCUACAGUUCAGUAACUUGAGUCAAUGACCAAAUCUGGUGGCUCACAUCAUGUCAGGACCUCAGUGGCAGCCAGUAAACACCCAGAAAGAAAAACAGUACAACUAUCUAAAUACAUCAACAUUUAGAGUUUUAUCAGAAGAAAUGUGACAAAGCUUUGUUGUGCAACCAACAACUUUAUUUUUGUACUGUUCCACUGCUUUUCAGAGGUCUAUGAAAUGACGAUGUAUAAAAUCUGUACAGUGUUUGUAAAAACUAAGUGAUGUACUUGAAGAUUUCUGCUUUCUACCCACUUGUUGUAUGAAAACUAAAAGCUAUAGUUAUCUAUUUUGUAGCAUAAGUAUUAGUACCUUAUAGAUUUUGUACCAAUGAAAACAAAAACCCUGUUUUGUACAUUUGAAUUCUCACCUAAACUGACAAUGAACCUGCUGAGGAAUUUUCUAAAGACAACUGAAUAAAGUCAUAAGAACAAGGUCAGGUUGGUUUCUAGUGUUUGUUUACAAUACAAAAAAAAAGCAAAAACAAACAUGCAAACAAUAAAAGCUGUAUAAAUUUUCACAUUAAUUUUCCCUUUAUGAUCCACGUUACUCCGUCAUUAGGCCACAAAUGAUUUAAACAUUAAAAUAAUAAUAUAAAAGACUGCAAAUAAACUAUCAUAAUAAUGAUGCUGGGCUAAGAUACUUGGUUGGGUAGUGCAAAGCUUAAUAAGACAAUAAAAUUCACUGUAUCAAUCAACACUUCAUGCAUUCAUUUGAGGAAAAUUUUCAGUAAAGGUGGUUCAAACAUCUGCUCAAAACUGUCAGUCCUGGGUGGAUCAAACUGAAACGCAGCUCCUGAGUCACAUCAAAACACGAUCUUAUAGGCAACAGUGGUAUUAUCUGAUCUGUUUAGUGUACACACAAUCAUCUUUAAAAGCUUCAUCGUAAACAUCCACAAUACAUACAGACAGGUGUUAGUGUAUUUUAGUUUUUAGACAUCUUUAGUGUAUAUUUUAACUAAAGUGCAGGUUAACACUAGAUCUGUUAGACAGAUUUGAUAUUCUGAAAUAUAAUUUGCACUUUAGAUUCAACAGUUCUGUGUCAAAAGGCGAUUUUGUGAGCUGUCAAACUUGAGACAAAAGCAUAAACAUAGAGCACCAAAGGCAAAUGACACAUGAUGAUCACAAUGGAUUAGCUUUAACUUUCUAUGUACACAACAGUGCCUUCAGAAAGACUGUUCCUUCUGAAAUUAAAAAAAGUAUGGUAGUGAAAUUGCAUUAAGUCUAUGUUAUGAAAUAUUUUUAGUUUGAAUGCACUCUGUCUAGCUCCUGUUUUCCUCUGCCCUGACAUAAGGUCCGCUUGCAGUCUUUUCUGCUCUAAGUACUGUGAGGCAUUUUAUCAUAAA